AUGGACCAUGAAUUCGAGUUUCUAGUCUUAUUGAGGGUUGAGAUCCUAAAAAAUGGUCUUGGUGCGUCUCCAUUGGCCGAAAUCCACAAUCACAUAUACACUAGACGUGCAUUGGCCGUCUUUAGGCCUGAACUACCAAAAGAAAAAACUCACACAAUGAGCUCCGUUGCCAUGUCGUACACCGGCGGCGAUAUUAGAAGGUCUGGAGAACUCGAUAAAAUGUUUAUCCCUACGGAUGGCUCUAGAUCUAAAAAAUCUGGUCUCAUUAACUGUGCUCCUUCAAGGACAGGGUCUUUUAACGGUUCUGCAUCUCUAUUAGGCUAG